AGCAGGGGAGCCGGGCCCCCGCGCCGCGCCGCCGGAUGGCUCCGGCACUUCCACUUCAUUUAUUCUGCCGGGCUUUGCCCAGCCCUGCUCGGCAUGUGAAAUGUUUUCUCUGAAAGAACCAGCAGCGAGAUGGGUGAAAAACAUUCUCCUGUCCCAGGAGCUGGCAGGAAUCCUGGUAAAUCUGCAGAAGGGAUGCUGUAGCUGUGCCUGGUGAAGGACGGACUGACAGAACCCCGGCAGUUUUUUUUCUCCUCYCGGAGGCCGAGGGGCUCGAGUCUGCAGGGAAGGAGCCGUUUUUGGACACAAACAUCCCCCCGGCUGCGGCGAGGGGAGAGGAGCCGCCGCCGCCGCCGCGGAUCGAACCCGCUCCUGCAGGGGAAAACACCGCUUGGGUUUGGUGUCUAAUUAGAUAUUUACCAGGAAGGAAGGAAAGAUAUAAAUAGGGUGACAGUGACUUCAAAGGGUGUUUUUUGACUUCUAAGAAUAACACCUUYGCUGGCGCCGAUUUCGGGAAUAUCAGCCGUGCCGGGGUGCGAAAGRCGGAGGAGGUGUCGCAGCUCGGUCGGCAGCCAAGGGAGCAAACGCUGACCCCCGGCCCCACGGCAGCAGCUGAGGAAGGAAGGGACAGAGCCCUGGAAAGCUCAGCUGCGUCCACAGGGGCACAGCAGAGGGAAUCUGGGGUGGACGAAGCCGCCGGUGCCGCAGCGGGGGCGGGAGGGGACGUGUGGCACCAUGGGGACAGUGACAGUGUCCCUGUCCCUGUGGGCAGUGCUGGCGCUCGCCCUGGGGCUGCUGGGGCUCUGGGCUCCCUGUGUGCUGAGCGAGCAGCCCAAUUUCAUCGUCAUCCUGGCCGAUGAUGUAGGGUGGGGGGAUCUGGGGGCCAACUGGGCAGARACCAAGGAGACCCCGCACUUGGAUCAGAUGGCUGCCGAAGGGACCAGGUUCGUGGAUUUCCACUCAGCUGCCUCCACGUGCUCCCCAUCCCGCGCCUCGCUGCUCACGGGGCGCCUGGGYGUGCGCAACGGGGUCACCCACAACUUCGCCAUCAGCUCUGUCGGGGGCCUCCCCCUCAACGAGACCASCCUGGCCGAGGUCCUGCGGGGGGCUGGCUACACCACGGGGGCCGUAGGCAAGUGGCACCUGGGACACCACGGCCACCACCACCCCAAYUCCCGCGGCUUCGACUACUACUAUGGGRUCCCCUACAGCCACGACAUGGGCUGCACGGACAGCCCUGGCUACAACGUGCCCCCGUGCCCGCCCUGCCCGCGGCGCGGCACCGCCGGCAGCAGGGUGGCGAGGAAAGGCUGUUACACGGAGRUCGCCCUGCCCCUCCUGGAGAACGCCACCAUCGUGGAGCAGCCCGUGCAGCUCGGCAGCCUGGCCAUGCGCUACGCGGAGGCGGCGGAGCGCUUCAUCCAGCGGGCCAGUGACAGCGGCCGCCCCUUCUUCCUCUACCUGGCCCUGGCCCACAUGCACGUCCCGCUGACCCCUCCGCUGCCCCCCGCUCCGGGCAGGGGCAUCUACGGAGCCACCCUGGGCGAGAUGGACGCGCUGGUGGGACGGGUCAAGGAGCUCGCUGACCGCCAGGGCAAGGGCAGCACGCUGCUCUGGUUCACAGGUGACAACGGCCCCUGGGCACAGAARUGUGAGCUGGCAGGACGCCUGGGGCCGUUCGUGGGUGCCUGGCAGAGGCAGCGAGGUGGGAGCUCGGCGAAGCAAACCACCUGGGAAGGCGGGCACAGGGUGCCAGCGCUGGUUUACUGGCCCGGCCGUGUCCCUGCCGGGAGGACRAGCCAUGCCCUGCUCAGCGUCCUGGACAUCUUCCCCACGCUGGUGGCCCUGGCUGGGGCGGCGCUUCCCCCGCACCGGUGCUUCGAUGGCGUGGAUGUGUCCCCAGUUCUCUUUGGCUGGUCGGAUGUGGGGCACAAGGUUCUGCUGCACCCCAACAGCGGCGCAGCCGGCAAGGUGGGAGACAUCGAGGCGCUGCGGCUGGCUCAAUACAAAGCCUUCUACACCACGGGAGGGGCCCUGGCCUGUGAUGGCAGCACGGGACCGGCACAGCGGCACCACCCACCCCUCAUUUUCAACCUGGACCGCGACGUGGGGGAACAGGAACCUCUGGACACGGCGUCCAGGGAGUACCAGGAGGUGCUGCCGGCCAUCAGCAGAGCCUACAGCCARGCCCUGCUGGACAUUGCAGCAGACAACAUCUCUGUGGCUGAUUACUCGCAGGAUCCGGCUGCCAUCCCCUGCUGCGAUGUCCUKCACGUGGGCUGCCGGUGCCACGGGGCUCACAAAGACAUUGAUCUUCCCCACGUGGAAAAGAGAACCCCACAGCUUUGUGUUUAAUCAAAGAAUUGC